AUGUCAAAGGAAGUUGGAGAGGCAUUGCCACAUCACAACAGCAUGGACAUCACGAGACCCGGUGAUCCUACUGAGAAAUCCUUUCAUGCGAAAAUGAAGAAACACUUCGCACAAGAAGUAAGCACAGAUCAUGCAGACAUUCUCAUGUUGAUUUGUUGUCUCAUCACUGGAUUUCUAGACAGCACAUUGUAUAAUGCUUUCAAGACCUUCGUGUCUAUGCAAACUGGCAAUACAAUCUUCGUAGCUCUCGGUGCAUCGGUUCAGGGCUUCGUCAUUGAAGGCAAUGUACCGGCUGAUUUGGGGACUCAUUGGGACCAGGUUGGUCCGAUUGCAUUGUUAAGUUUUCAAGCAGCCGGUCAAAUCGUCUCUUCUCGCUUCCUAGGCGUGGGAGAAGUCCCUACUAUUGUCAUUACAUCGCUUCUCUGCGAUUUGCUAUCCGAUCCUCUUCUCUUUACUUCCCUAACGAAAAACCCGAAGAGAAAUCGAAGAGCGAUCGCUUUUGUAUUGACCAUGGUAGGUGCGAUUGUUGGAGGGUGGGUUAGCAAGGUUACAAAGAGUGUUAGUCCCAUGCUCUGGGUCGCUGGUGGUUGCAAAAUUGUGUUAACCCUAGUCUGGGGGUUAUGGAAGGAAAAGGUGGCCCCUAAGGAGAAGAAGAAGCAGACUGGAGAGCGCAACCCAAAAGCAUUCAGUUUCGCAAACCCGGGAAGAUUGGCAAAAAGUGCUGCAAGAUCGCAUGAUAUCAAAGAAAGACGUCUUCAUGUUCCUCAAAUUGAUCGAUUGCCAGAAGAACCGCCGCCACGACUUGUUACAAUUGUUGGACCACCGGGUGUUGGAAAAACGACUCUUCUCAAAUCUUUAGUCAAACGAUAUGCGAAAGAGACAUUAUCAGACCCUCAAGGACCAAUUACAGUUGUCACUUCGAAGCGUCAAAGACUUACAUUUGUAGAAUGUCCGAACGAACUCGAAGCUAUGGUGGAUAUAUCCAAGGUGGCAGAUAUCGUAUUGUUAAUGAUUGACGGAAAUUUCGGUUUCGAGAUGGAGACUAUGGAGUUCUUGAACAUUUUAUCUUCGAGUGGUAUGCCGGGUAAUGUUUUUGGAAUUCUCACACAUCUUGAUCUUUUCAAGAAACCACAAACUUUGAAGGAUGCAAAGAAACGACUGAAGAAUCGAUUUUGGAGCGAAUUGUACCAGGGUGCACAUCUAUUCUAUCUUUCUGGAGUUAUCAAUGGACGUUAUCCGGAUCGAGAAAUUCAUAACUUGUCGAGAUUCAUUUCUGUUAUGAAGAACCCAAGACCUUUGAUUUGGCGCAAUACCCAUCCUUAUACCAUUAUCGAUAGUUUUAGGGAUAUCACCCAUCCUACCAAAAUCGAGGAAGACGAGAAGUGCGAUCGAACGGUUGUCUUGUCAGGUUAUUUACGAGGAACAAAUUUCGCGGCGCAAGGUCAAAGGGUCCAUAUACCAGGCUUGGGAGAUUAUUCAGUAUCUGCUAUGGAAUCACUACCCGAUCCUUGCCCUACACCAUUCAUGGAUGCAGCAAUUGCCAAAGCAUCUGGAAAAACUGGUAGAAGACGUUUGGAUGAGAAGGAAAAGAAACUCCAUGCGCCAAUGUCCGAUAAGAGUGGAUUGAAAAUUGAUGGAGACACUAUUUGGAUCACUCGCGAGAAGGGUUUCAAUUUCGACGCAGACGCCGAGGAUGACGAGCGCGGAGAGGGAGAAGAAUUGAUUGUUGGUUUACAAGGAGAAAGAAGGCUUCUUGGUGAGACUGAGGAAGGUGUCAGAUUAUUCAGCAAUGGUGAAACUAUCAAGUCGGUUCCCGAGGAAGAAGAUUCUGGACGAAAACAUCAAAGACGCGCAAGAUUUGUUGAAGGAGGAGAUCAAGCUUCGGACAAUGAGAACCUUGAUGGAGUUGCCAGCGACGAAGAAUUCGAUUCUGGUGAUGAAGCAGAAAUUACCGAAGACAAAUUAGGAAAAGCAUUCAAGAAAGACAAAGAUGAGGCAGGUGGCGAUAUUGAAUUCGCUGACAGUGAUUCUGAUCUUGGCUCAAUUUCUGGGGAUGAAUUGGAUGAAGACGAUUCAGACUCGGAUGAUGAAGAUGGGGCAGCUCGCUGGAAACAAAACAUGUUGGAGACUGCACGCAAACUUCAUGGACAACGAAAAUCUUACCGAACUGCAGAUUUGGCAAAACUUAUGUACGAUGAGUCGCUUACUCCUACAGAGGUGCUCAAAAGAUGGAGAGGGGAGAUUGAAGAGGAAGAAGAAGACAUCGAACAGGAAGAAGAUGAAGACGAAUUCUUCAAGAAGACUGGUAGAGAGGAUGAAGAUGCAAUCAUGGAUGAUCGAGCAAUUCCAUUGCUUGAUUAUGAGAAAUUAGAAUCAAAGUGGUCUGUGGAGGAUAAUAUCGAAGAACUUCGACAACGUUUUGCGACAGCGGAUUUAUUGAAGGGUAAGGGUAAUGGCAGUGGUAGUGAUGAUGAUGAGGGUGACGAUGAGGAAGACGAAGAUGAUGAGGGUGAUGGAGAGUUCAAGGAUUUGGAAACUGGCGAAGAACACAAAGCAGACGAGCCAGUGGACAUUGACGCCGAACGAGAGAAGAAUGCUAGAAGAAAAGAAGAGCUUAAAUUACGAUUCGAAGAAGAAGACAGAGAUGGGUUCAACAACGAUAAAGCUAACGCUAGACGAGAAGCUGGUGGAGAUGAUGAAUUUGGAGAGGAUGAAUGGUAUGAUGCACAGAAAGCACAAAUUCAAAAACAACUCGAUAUCAAUAAAUCCGAAUUCGAGAAUCUCGACGAGAGUCAAAGAAUUCAAGUUGAGGGUUACCGCGCCGGAAUGUACGGCAAAAUUGUUAUUGAAGGAGUUCCAUCUGAAUUUGUUACUCGAUUUAAUCCAAGAAUGCCAAUCAUUGUGGGAGGUUUGACCCCAACCGAGGAUCGAUUUGGUUUUGUACAAGUCAAGAUCAAGAGACACAGAUGGCACAAGAAGAUCCUUAAAACAAAUGAUCCUCUUAUCAUUUCUCUGGGGUGGAGAAGAUUCCAAACUCUCCCAAUUUACAGUACUUCGGACAAUCGAACAAGAAAUCGUAUGCUUAAGUAUACUCCAGAACAUAUGCAUUGUUUUGGUACAUUCUACGGUCCAUUCAUUGCGCCCAAUACUGGAUUCUCAUGUUACCAAUCAUUUUCUAACAAGAACCCUGGUUUCCGAAUCGCUGCCACUGGAACUGUUAUGACAGUCGAUGAAUCUUCAGAAACAGUCAAGAAACUCAAGCUUACUGGUACACCUUACAAGAUCUACAAAAAUACGGCUUUCAUCAAGGACAUGUUCAACACGUCAUUGGAAAUCGCCAAGUUCGAAGGAGCCUCGAUCAAGACAGUUUCUGGUAUCAGAGGUCAGAUCAAACGUGCAUUGGCCAAGCCAGAAGGUUACUUCCGUGCCACCUUUGAAGAUAAAAUCCUCAUGAGUGACAUCGUUUUCUUACGGGCUUGGUAUCCGAUUAAGCCUCACAGGUUUUACAAUCCAGUCACCAAUCUCAUUGGAUGGGAAGGUAUGCGAUUAACCGGUGAAGUCCGAAGAGAUCAAAAUCUACCUACGCCAGACCAAAAGAACAGUCACUACAAACCUGUCGAAAGAGUAGCUCGUCAUUUCAAUCCUUUACGAGUUCCUCGUGCAUUGGCUGCAGAACUUCCAUACAAGAGUCAAAUUGUUCAAAUGAAGAAACAGAGUAAACCAACAUAUAUGCAAAAGAGAGCAGUGGUAGUAGGAGGAGAAGAAAAGAAAGCUAGAGAUUUGAUGCAGAAAUUAAUGACGCUUAGAAACGACAAGGUGGCAAAGAGAAAGGUUGCAAAUGAGAAGAGGAGAGAAGUGUAUAGGAAGAAGGUGGCGGAGAAUGAGGAGAAGAGGGGGGAGAGGGAGAAGAAGGAAAAGCAGGAGUACUGGAGGAAGGAGGGAAAAAAGAGGAGAGCAGAUACAGAUGGUGGUGGUGUUGAAUCUUCAAUUGAGGGUAGAUUGUAUCUUGGACAAUCUGUUUCAUCGAUUGCACUGCAGGACGACAAGCCUAGAGAUAACAGUCUUCAGGGAAUAAACUCCACUAUGCCAAGAGCGAUUACAAUGCAGAAGAUAGAGGGUGGGAAACCGGGGAAGGUUUACUAUCCUCUCGAAGUAACCCAACAUACCACCCCUUCCCUAUCCCCUACCUCCCUCCUAAUCCAAAUCCAUACGGUAGCUCUCAACCACCGAGACCUCUUCCUCCGUCAACAUCUCUACCCCUCCCCCUCCUUCACCACUCCCCUCUGUGCCGAUGCCUGCGGCUACGUUUCCCAAGUCGGUUCCGCCGCCUCGAAAUCCUGGCUCGGGAAACGCGUGAUCCUCACUCCCGGCCGCGGUUGGCAUUCCGAUCCCUUCGGCCCUGAAGAUGCAGACGGGUAUAAGAUUCUAGGCGGCACGAGUACGAUUCCCAUUGGUACGCUUAUUGAAGAGGUGGUCAUUGAGCAGGAGGAGGUGGAAGAGGCGCCUGCGCAUUUGAGCAAUGAGGAGGCGGCGGCGCUGCCGCUCUGUGGAUUGACGGGGUGGAGGGCUGGGGAUCAAGGGAAGAUUGAGAAGGCGAAGGGGUUGGGUGCGAAAGGGGGAGUGAGCUAUAAAAUUGAGGGGUGGGAGAAGGAGUUGAAGGGAUUGUUGAAGGGGUAUGGGAAGGGAUCAUUAGAUUUGAUUGUUGAUGGGGCGGGAGGGGAUAUUGUUAGGAAGGCGACGAAAUUGUUGAAGCUCGGCGGUACAAUAGUCCAAUACGGCAUGACCAUCUCCCCCAAGAUGGACUGGUCCAUGCCUGCCAACCUAAUGAAUCUCGAGCUCAAAGGCUCAACAAUGGGAUCGCGAAAAGAAUUCAAAGAAAUGGUUCAAUUCGUCAAUGAACACAAAAUCAAACCAGUAGUAUCGAGAGUCGUAAAAGGAAUCGAUAAUUUAGCGGAGAUAGAAGAGUUAUUUGAGGAUAUGAAGGGGGGGAAACAAUUUGGGAAAUUAAUUAUUGAAGUGAAGGGAUCGGAUGGAGGAGAAGGAAAGGGAAAGGAGAGUAAGUUGUGA